CCACAGGCAAAGGCGUGGUCAAAACAGGAGAAAACAAAAAGAACGCAGGCGAUGGCGAAGUGAAUGAAGAGAGCGCACACUGGGGCAACAGACAAGGGAGAGGGAGGAGCAAGAGAGCGGCAGAAGAGCUUUGAUAGACACGCUAAGUUAUUAGCUACGGAAGGAAAGCCAGGAAACACGUGACGCAGACGACAGAAGGAGGCGGAGGGGUUGGUGUCGUUUAGCCGAGCAAUCAAUCAAUCAAUUGAUCAUUUUCAGCAGUUCUCUGCUUGUGGCCGUGUAGAGUUAAAUUUUCUCUUAAGCGUGCGACGUUAAUGGCGCACGUAAUAACCCAGCGAGGAGCCGUCAGCUCAGGGGCACAUUCAUCACUAACUGGCGAUGGAGGGCAGGGUGCGAUUACAAACAACUCACGGAGCUUUUCCAGCCGGCUCGUCGUGGGUGGGGCCGGGAUAAGGCUGGCUUCAUGUUCAACUUGCCGCCCUCAGACAGCCUAUAACGCUGAAGUUGGUCGGUCUCGGAGCUUUGCCUUCGUCGAAGCGCGGGGGAGGAGAUCGGGACUUCACGGCCAUGGCUGGCCGGUCGACUCGGAGGGGCAGCAACUAUCGUCUGAAGGCUGCGCGAGCUGCAGGCGACGAACGAGGGAGGCGACCCACAAGUCCAGGCCGCCAUUGCAGUCAGUAUCAAGCAGCUGGAAGUCGGGAUGGGCGAAAUUCGGCCCGCGCAUGGUGGUGACGACAGCUGGGACGGGUGGCGUGCGCGGCCGUGCUGACGCGGCAGAGAUUUGCUCACAUGCAGUCGACCGGUGGUUGGAGCACAAGACGACGAGACGGUGUUCAGCCCUCCGCUCAGCUGCUAAUCAGAUGCACGUGGGUGCUCGGUUGCGAAGCAGAAGAAUGAUGGCUAUUGGAGAAGCCAUGACGGCGGGAGGCGAGCAGCUCAGCACUGGAUCUAAGGAUGGAGCUGCAGAAAAGAAUGUGACGGAGGUGGAGGAGAAGGAUGAGGAGGACGAGGAAGUGAACGAGGAUGACGAGGCAGAUCAGGCGGCGGUUUCUCCCUUAGCGAGGGGUGGAAGGGCCCGCCGACUCCAGGUUGAUGACUCUGCCACGUCAAUUGCUGGACAGGUGGGGCAAUCUGGGAGCCCGGUCACCAUUGCCGAGUCGGCAGGUUCCACAUCGCGAUCGGGACGAGGAACAAGUGCCGUGGAGUACUUGACACGUGUAAAAGAGCUUCUAAGACCUGACGGAGGACCGCCACGUUGGUUUUGCCCGAUCGACGCGCGACCGCCUACUGCUGAUUUGCCAUUGAUGCUUUUCUUGCCUGGUGGCGACGGGACAGGCUUGAGCUUAUCGAAGCAGUAUGAAUCAAUGUCACGGUUCUUUGAAUUGUGGUGUCUUUGCUCACCUGCUGGGGACCGCACACCAUUCGUUGGCCUUCCAGUUGCCAAGCAACUGCUGUGCAGUGGGGUCCAGGCCUAGGUUUGUAUCAAACAGCCAAAAAUGAACGUUGGGAACCAAA